AAAUACUUUUUCUAAAAGCUUUAUCACUUUUUUUAUCAGGCAUCACGUAUACCAUCAUCAAGGCGUAGACGGCGCGACGUAUCGCGUUCUCGACACCAUCUACCCCGAUCAAGCGGAGUAUCAUCUACAUAAUAGCUCCUUGUCCGAAUAUGGUAUCCUGGGCUUCGAAACCGGAUAUUCCUACUCAAGUCCACACUGCCUGGCGAUCUGGGAAGCACAAUACGGCGAUUUCGCAGACACUGGACAGGCAAUGUUCGACACAUUCAUCUGCAAUGGCGAGAGCAAAUGGAUUUGUCAAUCGGGCGUCAUAAUGCAACUACCACAUGGCAUUGAUGGAGCUGGUCCUGAGCACUCAUCGGCACGCCCUGAGCGCUAUUUGAUGCAGUGCGAUGACGAUGAAGACGCGUUACCCUCACUCGAUGACAAAGAUUUAGAAUUGAAGCAGUUACGCGCGUGCAAUUGGAUCGUAUGCAACGUGACAACCCCUGCGAACUACUUCCACUUGAUCAGACGCCAGAUUGCGAUGCCGUUCCGUAAACCACUCGUGCUGUUCACGCCGAAGGUCGGCCUUAAGCAUCCGUACUACCGGUCACCCUUCAAAGACUUCUUACUCGGCACUCGCUUCCAGAGAGCGAUUCCUGAAUCCGGACCAGCGUCUAAAAAUCCUGAAGGUGUGAAAAAGCUAAUAUUUUGUUCCGGAAAAGUGGCCAUCACAAUUGACGAACUUCGCAAAGAGAAGAAAUUAGAAGACAAGAUUGCCAUGUGUCGAAUAGAACAGAUGUAUCCGUUCCCAUACGAUAUAUGCCUGAAAGAAGCAGCGAAGUAUUCUAAAGCGAAGGUGGCCUAUUGUCAAGAGGAGCAUAAGAAUUGCGGACCCUUGUUCUUCGCCAGGCCUAGACUCCGGAAUCUUUUGGGGACAGAAAUCGAAUGUAUCACGAGACCACCUAGUCCAGCCUCUGCCACUGGAAUCAAGUGGAUUUUUCAGAAGGAACUCAAGGAACUCAAAGAAAACAUUAUCGCUGGUGUAGAUGGCGCUGGACCACCUCCGUCUAGCCCAAAAAAGCCAUGCUAGUUUCUGUCUUGGUUUGUUCGUUCGUCAUUAGUCUUUAUCGUCCUAAUUCGUAUCGUCUGACCUAAUCCGC